UCCCGAACGUUCUGAAGUUGCAGACAGUUGCAGAGAUUGUGCAAGGUUGCGUGGUUGCGUUGCGGCCAUCGUUUGUGGUUAUCUUCGCGAAGCUUGUUCCGAAGUAUUCCGAAAUUUCCGAAGAAGAGGCUUGGAAUCAAUUUCGACUUCCACGUUAUCAAAGUAUCCUAAAAAAGAGAAAUGUCGAAUAUACAGGACUUCUUCAAGCGUUAUCUGCCGAUAGUCAAGGCUGAUGAGGGCGAGGAAGAGGAGCUAGUGGAUCCGCAAACUGUUCUCCGCGAGGAAUGCAGUCAACAAGUGAAAUGCGCCAAUUUCAAAGAGAAGUUAAAUACAUGCAACGAUCGUGUCAAUUCAAGAUCCAACACAGAGGAAACCUGUCUAGAAGAACUUAUCGACUAUGUGCAAUGCGUUGAUCACUGCGUCUCAAAAACACUAUUCAGUAAACUUAAAUAAUUUUGUUCAAUAUUUCAGAAAGAGUAAACUUGUUCGCAAUGUUAAAGUUAAAGAUUUCUCUCGAGCAUUGUAUAUAUAUAAUCAAAUACUAGCAAUAAAAAGAUUAACUUAUUA